GCCUACUGCGCACGCGCCGCUUCCACGCGGUUCCGGGUUCCCUGUUCUGGCUCCCGGGUCGCUUCUGUAGGUCUGUCUGGACUCGCUGUGCAGGGCCUGGCCCCCGGCCAUUGCUAGUGGCCCUUGAUCCCCCCCCCCCCAGGAAGGGGGUCGAGUCGAUAUCGGAGACCUGGGGUGGUGAGGCCAGGGGCGGGGCCGGGCCUGGGCCGGGGGCGGGACCCGAACCCUGAUCGCGCCCCGACCGAGCCCAGCGGGCCUGCGGCUCCGAGAUGACCCAGUCCCUGGUCUGUGCGGAGACGGUGAGCAGGGUGAGUUCGGUGCUGCAUCGCAACACCCGGCAGUUUGGGAAGAAACACCUGUUCGACCAGGACGAGGAGACCUGCUGGAACUCCGACCAGGGCCCCUCCCAGUGGGUGGUGCUGGAGUUCCCACAGCGCGUGCGCGUCUCCCAGCUGCAGAUCCAGUUCCAGGGGGGCUUCUCGAGUCGCCGGGGCCGCCUGGAAGGGUCCCAGGGGGCCGAGGCUCUGAGCAAGAUUGUGGACUUUUACCCCGAGGACAACAACUCGCUCCAGAGCUUCCUGGUGCCGGCCACCGAGGCGGACCGGCUGAAGGUGACCUUUGAGGAGGCCACGGACUUUUUUGGCCGUGUGGUCAUCUACCACCUGCGGGUGCUGGGGGAGAAGGCGGUGUGAGAACUCGGGGGUGGCCGCCUCCUCCGGGAAGCCCUCGAGGAAACACGGCCCAAGCUGAACUCUGCGGAGAAGGUUUAUUGGUUCCUCUCAGGAAGGGGUACCCCCUCCCCGGCUCCCCUCCCGCCGCGGCCUGUCCAGGAGCUGCCUUUGGAGCCGACCAGUUGCGGGGUGUCCCGGCCCUGCCCGGCUGUCUGUUCCCUGAGUGUCUGGGUGCCCGGCGCUGGUCUUCACUCGGGGUCGGCGGGCACCAGGUCGCUGUGGAAGAGUUUCAGGAUGUGGUUCUCUAUCACCUGUUGCACUGCGGGGUGGGCGGGGAGAGGGGGCUGUGAGCUGGGACACGCCGCCUUGGGGGGCCGGCCCAGGGGAGGCCGCGCUGGGGGGCUCCACCCCCGGAAGCCGCAGCUUUUUAAAAGACUUUUUCUAAAGAGUAUCUCUUGGGGCUGGCGCUGUGGCGCAGCAGGUUAAGCCGCCAUCCCAUGGGGGCGCCGGUUUGAGUCCUGGCUGCUCCACUUCCAACCCAGCUCCCUGCGCAUGCGCCUGGGAGGCAGCAGCGAUGGCCCCGCCCACGUGGGGAUCCCCUCCCGGAUGGAGCUCUGGGCUCCUGGCUUCAGCCCCGCCCAGCCCUGGCUGUUGCGGGCAUUUGGGUAGUGACCCAGCGGAUGGAAGGUCUGCCUUUCAAAUAAAUGAAAUAAAUCUUUGAAAAAAACCCAA